AUGGCAACCGCACAGGGUCAGAUCUCCAAGCGCAGGAAGUUCGUUGCUGACGGUGUUUUCUACGCCGAGCUCAACGAGUUCUUCCAGCGCGAGCUCGCCGAGGAGGGCUACUCCGGCGUCGAGGUCCGUGUGACUCCCACCGUCACCGACAUCAUCAUCCGCGCCACCCACACACAGGAGGUCCUCGGCGAGCAGGGUCGCCGCAUCCGCGAGCUCACCUCGCUCAUCCAGAAGCGCUUCAAGUUCCCCGAGAACUCCGUCUCCCUCUACGCCGCAAAGGUUCAGAACCGUGGUCUCUCCGCCGUCGCCCAGUGCGAGUCCCUCCGUUACAAGCUCCUCAACGGUCUUGCCGUCCGAAGGGCGUGCUAUGGUGUCCUCAGGUUCAUCAUGGAGAGCGGCGCUAAGGGCUGCGAGGUUGUUGUCUCCGGAAAGCUCAGGGCUGCCCGUGCGAAGAGCAUGAAGUUCACUGACGGCUUCAUGAUCCACUCCGGUCAACCCGCCAAGGACUUCAUCGACGAGGCAACGCGCCACGUCCUCCUCCGCCAGGGUGUCCUUGGUAUCAAGGUCAAGAUCAUGCGCGGUGCGGAUCCCGAGGGCAAGGCCGGCCCUGCCAAGUCGCUGCCCGACAGCGUCACCAUCAUCGAGCCCAAGGAGGAGCAGCCCGUUGUUCAGCCCAUGUCGCAAGACUACGGCGCAAAGGCGCUUGCCGCGCAACAGGCCGCAGAGGCACAGCGGCAGGCGGAGCAGGGUGAGGGCGAGGCCGCACCCGCAGAGGGCUACUCAGAGGAGCAGUAG